AUUUGAGAAUUAAAAAUCUAGAAGUUAAAAAUUCAAAACUUAACUUGGUCCCCCCGCUGUUCCUUCUCUCUUCACCCCUACUUACUCUUAUCUCCGCCGACGCAUUAACGGUUCGCCGUCGCAACCGCGGCGCCGAUUGUUCAUACACCGAAAAAUCUUGAUGCUUUCAGAAGUCAUUUCCUAUUUCUUAUAUUACCAUCGUUGUUGCAUAGGGAGUCAAGAUGAUUGGGUGUUUUAUAACCAGAGGACUUGUGUUGGUUUUGGGUUAUGCUUAUCCUGCUUACGAAUGCUUUAAAACUGUGGAAAUGAACAAGCCUGACAUCGAGCAACUUCGGUUUUGGUGCCAGUAUUGGAUCUUGGCUGCUGGGUUGACAGUUUGUGAGAGGAUUGGUGACAUGUUUAUUGGAUGGGUUCCAAUGUACAGUGAAGCUAAGUUGGCCUUCUUUAUAUACUUGUGGUACCCUAAAACAAAGGGAACAAGAUAUGUUUAUGACUCCUUCUUUAGACCAUACGUGGCUAAGCACGAGACAGAAAUAGACCGCAAUUUGUUCGAACUGCGGACAAGAGCUGGAGAUAUUGCAUUUUUGUACUGGCAAAAGGCUGCAAGCUACGGUCAGAGUAGAAUAUUUGAGAUUUUUCAAUAUGUUGCUUCACAAUCCACCCCUCGGCCUUCUCAGACACAACAGCAAGAUGCUAAGUCACAGCACCCAACAACACCAAAUCUCAAAUCAGCUGCUAAAGAACAGCAGCAGAAUAACGAACCUCCGUCUCCUACUUCUAGUACAUCUUCAAGUCAGCUCCAAGAAGACGUGGCCGAAGAGGCAGGGCCUUUAGCAGCUUCCAAAGGAGCUCCCCUGACUACAUCCUUGAACGGACCAAAAACAACAUCUACACAAGCUUUCAGAGAAACUCCUCCUCUUACUACAUCCUUGGACGGACCAAAAACAUCUACGCAGACCCUUUUCAAGACAAGCAAAAGUUUGAAUGCUAGCGAGGAGAAAGUGAUGCUAAUUACUUCAAUGCCUCCUUCAGCAAGUGAAAACGUUCAAUCUCCUCCACAAGAGACCAUCAAAGAAGAAUCCAAACGAGCCACGGGAGCAAGAUUAAGAAAAACACGCACUCGUUAAUUGGGGUCCACAAACAUAUUUAGGCAGAUUUGCUGGAUCGUUGAUGCUAAUGUGUUGUUUUCAGUUUAUGAUGACAUUGGAAAACCAUAUAUUUUAAAUAAUUCCCAAUUCUUUUAUAAUUGUGCUUU